AUGAACGUGUUUCCGGUGACUUCGACAGUGCUGAUGAUGAUAGCAGUAAGCAGUGCAUAUGUCACAGGCAACGGAUACAAAAUCCUUACCAAACAUUCGUCGCAAUACUUUGGUAAUGGAGCAAACUCGAUCGAUUCCUAUCAACCGCUGGGUGUUGGCGCGGGAUACAGUGAAGCUGGUCUAGUCGGUUACAAAUCAUACCAGGAUGGAGGUUAUCCGGAAAUUGGUUAUGACUACAGCGAUCACUACGCUUACCCGAAGUACAAGUACGACUAUGGUGUGCAAGACGCACACACCGGUGACCACAAGAGCCAGUGGGAGAUUCGGGAUGGAGAUGUCGUCAAGGGUGGCUACACGCUGUACGAUGCCGACGGUACGAAGCGUGUGGUUGAGUAUAGCGCAGACAAGCACAAGGGAUUCAACGCCGUAGUUAAAAAGAUUGGCCAUGCGAGCCACCCGCAGGUGUACAAGACGGAGCACGGCAUUUCCGGCGGUGGCUAUGACGAAGCGGAAGGUUACAGCUACAGCAACAUCAACCAACAUCUGUAAAAAGC